UUGUCACUCAGACAAUGGUCAGUUGACACAUGUACAACAACAGCUGAGCAGUUGCCUGGAACAAGUAUCUAAAUUGGAACAAAAUAUUGAGGCUGAACUGCAGAAAACAUCAAGUCUUCAGAAAAAGUUGCUGCAAGAGGGAUCCAUCGACAUGCAAGCUUUCUACAGUAGAUAUAUUCACCACUUGUGGAGUAUUCUUGACCUUGAGGAAGCUGAACAAAUUCUGAAGGAUGAGAGUUUUACUUUGAUCAGACAUUUAAGUGUACGGGUGACUAAGGAUGAUCUGGAGGUGUUGCAACAAUACCUGAAACACCAGCAACAUGUGUACAAGGUGGAUGAAUUCUUAGAGCGAGCCUUCAGGUUAGAGGAUCCUCCACUGGAAGAAACAUCACAUAUAGUUCAGUCCUUCGUUAUGUUCAUGACAAGAAUUUUUGAAGUGGGAAAGAAAGUGGAGAUGUGGCUGUACACCCUGUGUAUAGGGUUCCUACUGUUGGCCAUAUGGGCUGUUUAUUUAUUUAUUCGGGACAUCCAGCAAGAACUGAGAUGGGGUAGAGUCCUCACUAUGAUGAUGGUCAUUGUUUUCUUUAUAUGUUGCCUCUGGCACUGGAGACACAUGCACAAGGUGGCUGAGUCUCGUCGUCAGUCACAGAUGAUGAAGAGAGGAUAUGCUGACAUCCCUGAAGAAUGUAUGCCUGGAGCUAGAGGCGCCACAGCAAAUAUCUUUGACUGGGUUAAGGUCACUGUGUUUGGAUCUCCUGAUGUAUGUGAAAGAUACUUUGAAGACAUUAUGAUUGACCCAACAGAGGAGAUCACUCCAGCCAUGGUUAUUGCUGAGACACUCGCAAAGUUCUUCCUUCAGCCAUUACAACAUUUAGGUUCAGAGAUGGCAAAAUUAAUAACCAAUUUUUAUGGUAACAUUCCUGUGGUUUAUCAUCUUUCAGCCACAAUAUUGUUCGUGGUCUUGCUGGUGAUCGUAUUAUUUUAUUUAUUUGGAUAUGGGAUUGACUUCCCCUUGUGGAUGGGAGGAAUACGUCCUGUCUAUAGAACUGAUUCUGCAGACACCUCACAGACUGAUAGAAUAACAAGAGAGGCCAUCGCACAACUGAACCAGGACCGGGAGAGGUUCUUGCAAGAGUCCCGCACUAUGCUGACAGAUAUCACCAGAGCGGCAAUAUCAACUCAGAGUCAGAUGGGGGGUAUUCAGCCGUUAAUGUUCACGUCAUCCAGCAUCCUGGAGAAUCAGCUGGAGCAUCUUAUCUCCACCAAGUUGGCAAACCUUAUACCCACGGGAGGUAUUACUUCCAUGGCUGCAGUACAACCCCCUCCUGGUAAUCAAGAAACAACCCACAAUGAUUCUGGGGUUUUCACUGUGACAUCAACUCCUCUGAGAAAUGAUCUAUCUCAGGACAACAUGGAAGUAAAGACAAGUUUGGAAGUGGUUGCAAGAGAUAAAAAGGAAGAUCCAAAAGCUCUCAAUAUAUCUACUGAUGUCAUACACUACCGACUGACAGGUUCUCCCAGGAAGAAGGUUUUGUCACUGAGGCAGGAAAGUUGUAGCAGUAAGAGCCCUGUUCCCAGUGAGACUAGUAGCACUGUUAGUCUAUAUAAGCCAGGUGACAGGCAGGUGGAACAACAUUGUCCCAGUAGUGUCAGCAUAAACAGAGUCAGGAGGAAUUCCUCCAGUUCUGCUCAGAGUCACUCCAGCAGUGAGUCUGUAAAUGAGAACUAUGUAGAAGCUCCUGAAGACACUCCACCACCAAGGGGACCUGAUGAACCCAACCAUGCUGACACAAGUACAAUAGAUGUUACAGAUGAGUUCUUCUUUCAAGUUAAGAAUGUCUUGGAAGAAUCGAUAAAUUCAAGUUUGAAUGAUAGUAAUGUUCCUGGUGACAUUGGUGAUAAUAUUAGAAGACCUAACAGCGGCCAAGAAGAAAACCUGGGAGAAUGUCUUGACGAAGUAGAACUGAGUGGAUCUGGUGUUAAGUUUCUGAAAACAGUAAAGAACAUUAUGACUCCUUAAACUGACCUCAGGUGAAGGUGUGUGAUUCAGUACAAAAUGGAUUUUCAUUAUCAUAUAAAUGUGAUUUUCAAAAGAGACUUUGAAAACUAUUUUAAUAUUUUUAGAGUGUGUAGAGGCUUUAAAUGGAAGAGUAGGUAUGAGAGGGACUUAAUCCAACCUACCCUUCUUUCCCACUUUCUUUAAAGUGUCACAAGUAUGUUUACAUGUAGAGCACAAGUAACCUGAUGCAGUUUUCUGUGAUAAAAAUUUUAUGCUUUCUCUCUUAUGUUGUGAUGCAUACAGUAUAGAGAAAAUAAUUAAUUUAAAUUCUGGCGAUUCUCUUGAUAAUCCAGUACACUGUAACUUAAGCCUGUACACUGUAACUUCAGCAGGACUCAGCUUGUACUACAAGCUGAGUUGGGGAUGGAAUGUGAUAAAAUCUACGGAGUAUAAAUAAAAUAUCCAGUGUUGCUAG